AAUGUUAUAUCUAAAUGUGUCGCCAAGUGUAAAACUAAAUAUUUAGAAAAUAUUCAAAUUCCAAAGGAAACCACGCCCACUGCAGCGGCACAGAUCGCAGGGCACCGCCCCCACCCAACACGAAGACGCUGAGAAAGGUCAAGGAGAAGCCAACGGCCAAAAAAAAUCGAAAGAAGAAGAGGUCUUUGAAAGGCAGGCAUGGCAGGCAUGGCCUUAGGAGACAUUGAACGGGCGGUUACUGCGGGUGUGCUGGCUGCACUCAAUGGUGUUGCUCCCCCGGUCCAGACCACAGAUGAAGAUAAUUUAAUCUCCAAAGAAGACAUUGAGGGUUUGCUGCUGCUAGGUACAACACUUUCUGAAGUAGCUUCAGUCCUGCGGAUCUCCAGACCCACAUUAUACAAGCUCAUGCGGGUAUAUAACAUAAGACACACAACAUUUUGUAACAUUUCUGAUGAGGAGUUGGAUGCAACUAUAUGUGAGAUAAAAGCAGAACAUCCACAUGUAGGAGAAGUUAUGCUAAAUGGACAUUUGCGUGCCAGAAACAUUGUGGUGCAGCGACAUCGUCUCAGAGACUCCGUUCAACGGGUUGAUGGUGCUGGUGUUGAGUCCAGGAGAACCACAACUGUACAAAGACGUGUAUACACUGUGCCUUGUCCAAACUAUAUAUGGCACAUAGACGGAAACCAUAAACUCAUACGAUGGAAAUUAGUGGUACAUGGCGCAAUGGAUGGUUACAGUAGAAUGUUAACCUUUCUCCAGUGUUCCAACAACAAUCGGGCUGAAACUGUUAUGAACCUCUUCAGUUCAGCCAUCAGCGAACAUGGCCGGCCCCUUCAUAUUAGAACUGAUCAUGGAGGGGAGAAUGUCCAGGUUUGGGAAGACAUGAGCAUGCACAGAGGUGAAAAUUCUGUGUUGACUGGAAGCUCUGUACAUAACCAGCGAAUUGAACGAUUCAAUCGGGACUUGAACAGAAACUGCAGUCAUGUGUUUGCACCCAUUUUCUAUGAACUAGAGUCAAUGGAGGCUUUGAAUGUGGACAAUGAUACAGAUUUAUUUUCUCUUCAUUAUGUGUACAUUCCCAGGAUCAAUCGCACAUUGGAUGAGUUUAAAUCGGCAUUUAACAAUCAUUCAAUUUCCUCUGAAGGAAACAGGACCCCAGUUCAGCUUUUUACACUAGAUAGACAUCUUCUGUUACUAAACUAUCCAGAAGCUGCAGCUGAGGAAAGAACAGUGGACUCAGUAUCAUCUCCUCAUGCACAUUACUCCUUUUGCCCGCUUAACCAGCCGGACUUGCAAGAAUUAGUUGUUACAAUAAACCCACUUGAAAAUGAUGGUAACAAGGGGAAAACACUGUAUCACAGAGUACAGGAAUUUGUAUUACACAAAAUUGUAAAUAUGUAACUAUCAGCCAAGCAG